UUUUUUUUUAAUGUACAACUCUAUGAACACAAGACUGAUGAAUACAACUACAACUUUACGUACCUUCCGAGUCUUCACACAACAUCAUUGUUCAAAACGAUUGGCAUCAACUCAAACUAGCCAUGCCAAACCAGAACAAUUUUUACAAACCAUCGUAUUAAGCAAUGGUGCAACAUACACUGUACGGACAACAUCUCCUGUUCGCUCACAAAUUCGACUAACCAAAGAUACUCGAAACCAUCCUUUAUGGAAUCCUGCCAUGUUGAAGGAAGGUGUAACUGAUGAAAGUGAACAAUUGACUAAAUUCCAAAAACGUUUUGGUGAUACAGAUUUGGCUGACAUUAGUUGGAUUGAAAGCGAAGAAACUGUAUCUGCUGCAAUGAAGAAGGUUAUUGCUAGUGGUGGUACCAAGGUGACAUCCUCUGCUAAGGCCAAGGGAAAGAAGAAAUAGAUAGAUAGAUUUUUAUUUUUAUUAGAUUAUGAUUAUUAUUUGUACACAUCCACCACGAAUGUAUUUAUAAAUAUAUUGAAUAAACAAUGUUGGUACUUCACUGUAUCAACAUUCUUUUUUUUUAUUUA